AGAUCCGAAUAUUUUAAAUUUGAUCACACGGUUACAAUUAUUAUAAUUUUUAAAUGUUUUCAUGUUUGUAAUCGUUGGAUCAAAUUUUAAGAGUCUGAAUCUCCAAAUUCAUAGGAUUUGGUAGAAGAGAUCCGGAGAUGAUCUCUUCCCAUCUUCUCAAUCUCCGGUCUAUAUAAGGGCUGCUAGGUUCCGACUCUAGGCACAUACAAAUUAUAUAAAGAUGGAGCGUUCCAUGCGUUUAUUUCCAACCGCCUUCGUCUUACUGCUGCUUUUGGUGGCCACCGGGACGAUGGUUGCUGAAGGUAGGACCUGCGAGUCUCAGAGUAACCGUUUCAAAGGAACCUGCGUGAGUAAAAGUAACUGUGCUUCUGUUUGCCAAACUGAGGGCUUCCCCGGGGGCAAUUGCCGUGGCUUACGCCGUAGAUGCUUUUGCACUAGACAUUGUUAAUUAGCUAAUUAAUUAAGCUAGUGAUGAGCUGAUCACUUAUCACUUAAUUAUCAGUGGGUGCAUGGACGUAGGUACUUUGGUACGAGUGUGGAACUAGCUAGAAUAAGUUAAUGGCCCAAUUCACAGUUGGGUUGUUAACAUCGUAUCCCUGUUGUGGUUCUUAAUGUUCUUGUUUGUUAAGAACCACCGUCGUGAGUUAUUUCGUAACGUCGUAUUAUGUAACUUCUAUAUUUGUCAACGAAUUUGAGUAUUUCUAAUGCCCUACUUUUGAAAUGCAAUUAAUCAUCAUUUUCUCAA